GUAGGCUGAAUAGGUGGAUGUGUGUAAAUGUGUAGGUUUUCAUGACAUCACAGAAACAACAAAUUCAAAAAGGGCUGUUUUUUCAGCUCAGUUUCCAGUGACUGAAUGGUCUGGGAGACUCUGACAGUGUUCAAACACCACAUCCAGCUCUUAUUUAAAAAGGGUGAAGAAUAUUCAGCUCUCCAUGAUUUGGGCCCUUUAAUAGAACUUAACGAUUCCUGUGAGUUCACUCUGGAUCCAAACACAGUGAACAGUCGUCUCUCUCUGUCUGACGGGAACAGAAAGGUGGAGUGGGUGGGAUCUUCACAGUCGUAUCCUGAUCAUCCAGAGAGAUUUGAUUACUGGGAGCAGGUUCUGUGUAGAGAGAGUCUGACUGGACGCUGUUACUGGGAGGCUGAGUGGAGCGGAGAUGUUAAUAUAGCAGUAACAUAUAAAUCAAUCAGCAGGAAAGGAGACAGUUAUGACUGUCGGUUUGGACGGAAUGUAAAGUCCUGGAGUCUGAUCUGCUCUAAUAACAGAUACUCUGUCCGUCACAAUAAUAACAGCACUGAACUCUCUGCUCGUCCCUCCAGCUCUGAGACAGUAGGAGUGUAUCUGGACUGUCUGGCCGGCUCUCUGUCCUUCUACAGUGUCUCCACUGAUAAACAAACACUGACCCAUCUACACACUUUCAACACCACAUUCACUGAACCGCUCUGCGCUGGGUUUAGAGUCGGUUAUGUUUAUGUUUGGGGUGAAGGCUCCUCAGUGUGUUUAAAAUAAAAUAACCUCCUGAGUGAAAAUCACACAACACACAUACA